AUGAUCCAGUCCAUGUUCAUCAUGACCACGACCGGUGAGGUUAUUAUCGAAAAACAUUGGCGCGGCCUUACAAGUCGUAACGUGUGCGACUUUUUCAUGGAAGAGGUUAACAAGUACCGCGAGCGAGAGGACGUGCCGCCAAUUAUUGCCACGAGUAAAUAUUACCUCAUCAGUGUAUUUCGUGAUGAACUGUUUGUGCUUGCAGUUGUAACCAAUGAGAUCUCUCCCCUUCUUGUAAUCGAGUUUUUGCAUCGAGUUCUUGCAGUAUUUCGCGAUUAUUUUGGCAACUUUGACGAGAACUCAAUGAAGGAUAACUUCUCCACGGUCUACCAACUGCUAGAGGAAAUGCUAGAUAAUGGCUAUCCACUGACCACGGAGCCGAACGCACUUAAAGCAAUGGUGGCUCCACCCUCAACUGUCAACCGCAUAGCUUCAAUGGUGUCGGGAAAGUCUCGUGUAAGCAAUACGCUGCCGGACGGUGCGAUCUCCAACAUUCCAUGGCGGAAAAGCGGCGUGCGCUACACACAAAACGAAAUUUACUUUGAUAUUGUGGAAGAGAUUGACGCCAUUGUCGAUGUGUCUGGCCGCAUGAUUUCGUGCGAGGUAAACGGCGCUAUUCAAAGCAACAGUCGGCUUUCGGGUGUCCCAGAUCUUACCAUGGUGUUCACAGAUCCAUCUGUGAUCGACGACUGCUCGUUCCAUCCGUGUGUGCGGUACUCGAGGUAUGAGCGAGAACGAGUGAUUUCGUUUGUGCCACCUGAUGGACAGUUUGAGCUCAUGCAGUACCGCGUACAAGUGCAAGAGCUUGUACCACCAGUAUACUGUCAGCCGCAGAUCACGUACAAUGAAAAGGGUGGGGGCACUCUGGACUUGGUGAUUGGCACGCGAGGCAUGCCUACGUUGAACUCGAACACAAAGAAAAAUUUGCAGGUCGAAGAAGUCACUGUGGAUGUAACUUUUCCAAAGAGCGUGCGUACAGUAGAUGUGAAUACGGAGUCUGGCACCUGCUUGUUUGACGACACAUCCAAGACUGUCAAGUGGAAUGUGGGCAAGCUAGGCAAGAAGGUGCUGAACCCGUCGCUUCGUGGGAACAUUAUUCUUCACCAGAGCGCUGCAGUGCCGGAUGAGAAACCCGUCGUGCUUCUCGGCUUCAAGGUACCCAUGUCUACUGUUUCGGGGCUAAAUGUUGAAACGUUGUUAAUCACAAACGAAAAGUACAAGCCUUACAAGGGUGUGCGAACGAUGACUAAGGCUGGCCGCUUCCAGAUUCGGACGUAG